UCAACAUCGGCACACUUUACCGAUAUGUUCAGAAUGGGGCAAAAGCUUCAACAACGUUGCAAGAUGUCACAAAGAACUCUUGUAUGCCUCCUACAAACCCGAAUCUACAAUCUACAACAGAUAUUGCAAAAAUCCUUCCACAAUCGGUGCAAUUGUCCGAGUUAGGGCAGAUGGUGCAAAUGCUUCAGGAUCGCAACAGGUAAUCGCAAACUCCUCUGGUAUCCUCCCCACAAAUCCCAAUCUCCAACCCGGAUCUGAUAUUACAAAAAAUUUUGCUCCCCUUUUCAAAAAAACCCCCAUCAACUUCGCCUCCUUUGGUGUUCAUUUUUCCUUCGGCUCCUUCGAGCUCUUCGGAUACACAGUCUCCACAGCCGAUUGA